AUGUCUUCAUCAAGUUCAUGGCAUGCACUUGAAUCAGAUCCUGAUUUAUGGCAGGUCUAUGUGGAAAAACUAGGUGUCAAUGUUAAUUCGCUUGAUUUUAUUGAAAUCUACUCACUAGAUGAAGAUUAUUCAUCUAAUGAGGCAAUAUUUUCUUAUAUUUUUCUUUAUCCAGACAGUGGUUCAUCACCUAUUUCAAACGUAUCUCAACCAUCAAUUGAUGAUAAAUUAUGGACAAUUAAACAAAUUGAUGAAUUAGAUAGUUGUUGUUGUCUUAUUGCUCUUCUUCAUGCAAUCGGUAAUAAUUUGGAUAAAGUGGUUCUGGAACACAAUUCUCCUUUGGCUGAAUUUUUUGAAAAAACGAAAACAAUGACUGCUGAUGAACGGGCUAUAGUCUUAUUAAAUGAUACAAAGAUUCAUCAAGCUCAUGAAGAAACAGCUGAACAAGGGCAAACAGAAAUGGUUGAUAGUGGUAGAGUUGGUUACCAUUAUAUAGCCUAUAUUCUAUCGAACAGCAAUAAAUUAUAUGAAUUAAAUGGAAGUACAAAAGGACCACAAGCAAAGUUCAUUGGGGAAUUGAAUAAUGAAAGUUUUUUUUCUCGUAUGACUCAAGAAUUAUUUUCUCUUGGCUAUCCAUUGAUUUUAUUAAUUAUUGCAUUAGUCAUAUCCUAUUUGCAUUUUUCAUAUAUAUAUGAAUUAUUUGAGAAUGAUAAACGUUUUUCACAUUUAUCAACAUUAGAACGUGAAUUAUCAUUUCGUACGGAAAUGGGUCUUUAUUAUUCAUAUUUUAAACAGAUUGCUAUUGAUUCGACAUCAUUUAUUCAAGGUUUUUUAUCAAUUAUAUCUGAUAAUCGAACAGAAGCACCAACAACAAUAAAUGUUUUAGAACGUUUUAAUCUUUAUCCAGAAGUUUUAAUUAGUUUAAUUUAUCGUCUUAUGAAUUCUCAAGGUAUGUUAACAGAAGUAUGUUAUCAAAUUGAUCGAGGUGAAACAAUGACUCCUGUUUUAUCAUGUGAAGGACAUAAAGAACCAACUUAUUUCUAUGUAACAAGUGUUUUUAUAUUAAAUGGACUUUUACUUGGUAUUUUAUUUUUAUUUGGAACAUAUUUAUCAAAAAGCAUUUUAGGUGGAAUAAUAACAACAUUUGCUUAUGUAUUUAAUCAUGGUGAAGCAACAAGAGUUAUGUGGACACCACCACUUCGUGAAAGUUUUUCAUUUCCAUUUCAUGUUCUUCAAUUGUUUGUUGUCACAUAUGUUUUGCAACAACAACAAACAUUGACGAAUACUAAUGCUAUUAAAUCUUUUAUAGGGUAUAUAAAGAAACAUGAUCAAUCAAUCGAUAUUGAUUCACCACAAAAUUUAAUAUCUUAUCGACAUAAAAUAAAACUUCUGCUAUUGCUUAUUGGUUCGACAAUUCUGUACAUGUUGCCAUGGCAAUUCGCUCAAUUUACAUUAGCUACUCAAUUAUUAUCACUUGGUCUUCUCUAUAUACUCAAUCUUUUACCAUUCGAACAAUUUUUCUUUAUUUUAUGUGCUCAAAUCCUUUCAUUAAUAAUAUCAGCUGUGCUAAUGUUUGGUAAUCGAAUGUUAUUAACUUCUCUAUUUUCAAUAACAUUAUUCUCAUUUUAUUUGGUUUGUCUUUUCGAUAAUUUUAUUCUUGAUUCAUCAUCUUCAUUCCAAUCAUAUCGACGGAUUAUUAUUAUCAUUCGUCGAAUAAUUCUUUUUCUUUGUUCAUUUAUUUUAAUUAAAUUCGUCAUAAUUAAGUUUCUUUUUUCAUCAGCUGAUGAUGAUGCUCAUAUUUGGGAUAUAUUAAAGUCAAAGUUUUCUUCAACAUUCCGUACAUUUGAUACACAAUUAUAUACAUGUGCAAAAGAAUUUGAUUUUAUUGAUAUUGAAACAAUAAUAAAAUUAUGUAAAACUGGUCUUAUUCCAUUUUCAAUGAUAAUUAUCUUUCGAUUAUUUUAUGAUUUUAUUAUUGAUUUAUUUCGAAUANUAGCAUGA